AUGCAGCCCUUCACCUUCGUCCUGACCGCCGUCUUCGCCGCCACGGUAACGGCACAGGGUUGCCAUUUCUGGGUUCGAGAGAAGUCGACCGGGAACAACGUGUUGCAGAAGUGUCUCCAAAAGAACGAGGGGACGACCGCCUUGAUCAAUGGCGCAGCAAGCGUGUACCUCCAGGCCGACUCAAACUGCCGCGUGACGCGAACGGUGUUGAGCGCGUGA